AAGAAAAGUUGGAAAAGGUAUGAGUGGGAUGACGCUUUUAGGCUGGCUCUGUGGUCACCAACCUUUCCUUUGAACAGCCGUCCCUAUAUAGUUCAAAAGACAUUGGCAAAAGGUUAAGUAACCUAUUACUUUUGUAUAUUUUUUUCCCUCUGAAGUCUGAUGAUCAUCUCAAGGCCAUCUAAAUUUUGGGUUUAAAAGAUCUGAUAUUUGAUUCUUGCAAAUGGGUUCACCUAAUCGAUUGUUUAACAGACAGAGAACUGUUCAUGAGAUCCUUGGAGGAGGUUUAGUUGCAGAUGUGAUGUUAUGGAGACGAGGGAAUUUGACUGUGGGGAUCUUGUUGGUCACUCUGGCUGUUUGGGUGGUAUUUGAGAGAUCUGGCUACACUCUGUUAUCACUUGUCUCUAGUGUUCUCCUCCUUCUCAUUGUCAUUCUAUUUCUCUGGGCCAAAUCUGCUGCAAUUCUUAAUCGCCCUGCUCCACCUCUUCCAGAGUUGUAUCUAUCAGAAGAAAUGGUAAAUGAAGUGGGAGCUGUCAUCCGAGCCCAUGUAAAUGAUUUUCUCUCUGCUUCUCAAGAUAUUGCAUUGGGUAAAGAUGCAAGGCUGUUCUUCAAGGUUGCUGCGUACUUGUUACUGCUUUCUGUUGUUGGUGGCUUCACUGAUUUCAUUACUUUGGGUUACACCGGCCUUGUUGUUGUUCUCACCGUUCCAGCACUCUACGAGAGAUACGAAGACCAUAUUGAUUCUUAUAUCAUAAUUGGGUGCAGGAAAAUGCAGCAUUUGUAUUUGAAAUUUGAUUCUAAGUUUGUGAACAGAAUCCGGAAAUGGAUUUUGGAGAGGCAGAAGUUGAGCUGAUUUCUGUUUUUUCUUCUUCAG